UAAAUGCAGCUGAUUUAUUGAAGACACAUAUUACUGGAGUUAUAAGCCAUGGACAUGGUGGAUUCCAUACGUUUACAGAUUUUAACCAAUUUCCCCAUGAUCCAAACUUGACAAUAAAUAUCAUUCUUAAAAUGUUGGAAAUUACAACUGAAAGCAAUGGUAAUGCUCUGCCUCCUAUAUUAUAUAUACAGGCAGAUAAUUGUGCAAGAGAAAACAAGAACCGAUAUGUGUUGGCCUUUCUACAAUUAUUGGUUGAAAAAAAUAUUUUCAAUGAGGUUCACUUUUCCAUGUUGCCUGUAGGCCAUACCCAUGAGGACAUAGAUGCAAGGUUUUCCCUUAUUUCCCGCAGAUUAUACCAGAAAGAUACAGAAACACUUGAAGAAUUUUUAAAUGUGUUAGAAAAACCAAUGUUAAUUAAAACAAUUCACGAUGUUAAAUCAUGGCUGAUACCUUACAUACCAAAAUACAUAAGUGGAAUAUCUGAACCCCUUCAUUUUAAAUUCGAGAAAAUAGAUGGUGCUGUGAGAUCAUUGUACAAGGGAAUUCAUAAUGAAGAAUGGAAAGAAGUUGAACAUGGGUUUUUAUCUAAAGUUCCAGGAGGAAAACCAAAUAUAGUGUCACCAGAUUUCUGUAAAAUUGAUGAAGAUGGAUUGUUUAAAUUAAUAGAGAAAAAUAAAUCUUUUUUUUUAAAACCAAAAAUAUUUUAAAUUACUGGAAGGAAACUAUUCAAAGUUUAAAACAAAAUACUAAAAGUGCAAAAUGGAUAUUGCCAGCAUUACCAAUACAAAAGAAACAUAAUGAAGCCCCUU